AGGAGGGGGAAAAAAGUCAUCCUCUCCUCGUCAACUUCGCUUUGUGGGGAAGAUGGCGACUGAGGACGCCCCGCUGCCGUUGUUGCAACCCCCGCCGUCGCCCCCCAAGGAAGGGAGACUUUCGGAAAGCAGGGAGGAGGAGGAAGAUAAGGAGGCAGCAGAGACGCUCAAUGGGAUGGAUGUCUCCAAAAAAACUGAUAGCUCCAGGCAAGAUACAGAAAUUAUUAGUGAAGAUAUAAAUGCCAAAAUGAAAGAAACAGAGCAAAGUUCCAUUGAAGAUCUUAAGAGUAACCUACUGGAUGCAUCAUCUAAAUCUCCACAAGAGAAACAUAUUUCAAUUCAGAGGACCCUUGCUGAUUUAAAAAAACUGGCUCAUCUGCAGAAAGAUUGCCUAAUUUCCUCCGAUUCCAAGAAUGAAGGCCAACAACGUGCAGAUAACAAGAAGUCCUGCCCAUUAUGUCCUGAAGAGAGGUUCAAAGCUUGUAAAUUUCACAAGCUCCAGCGCCACCUUCAGAAUCUUCAUUGGAAAGUGUCUGUUGAAUUUGAAGGCUACAGAAUGUGCAUUUGUGACUUGCCAUGCCGUCCUGUGAAACCAAAUGUUGCAGGAGACCAGAUAUCCAUAAAAAUGGGAUCCCAUUAUCACUGUAUUAUCUGUUCAGCAACGAUUAGCCGAAGAAGCGAUAUGAUAGGACAUAUUAAACGACAUGUACAUAAAGGGGAAACUGAAUCAAGGUUUACUUCAACCCUUGCUCCUAAGUAUGAAGUCCUGAAAGAAGCAGACACAGAUGUACAAGUCCUUCCUAACUAUUCAACACCUCAGAAAACAGAUUCCUAUUUUAAUCCAAAAAUGAAACUUAACAGACAACUUGUCGUCUGUGCUUUGACUGUUCUAUCUGAGGAACGGAAACCUUUGGAAUGUCUGGAUGCGUUUGGAGCCACUGGUGUAAUGGGAUUACAGUGGGCAAAGCAUCUUGGAAAUUCAGUAAAAGUCACAAUUAAUGACUAUAAUGAAAAUUCAGUGACCAUGAUACGGGAAAACUGUCGUUUAAAUAAGAUGAAAGUUGUAAUGAAUUUUGAGGAAGAUGGCUGUGUUGAAGCAAUGGAAGAAGGGGGAGAAAACCUGCCUGCCAUUGAGGUGACAAAAAUGGAUGCCAAUGUCAUCAUGCACUUGAGGGCAUUUGAUUUCAUACACCUGGACCCAUUUGGAUCUUCAGUAAACUACCUAGAUGCAGCUUUCAGAAAUGUAAGAAAUCUUGGAAUUGUUUCAGUGACAUCAACAGAUAUAAGUUCUCUCUACUCCAAGGCUCAGCAUGUGGCCCAGCGCCACUAUGGUUGCAACAUUAUCAGGACAGAGUACUAUAAGGAGCUGGCCGCUAGGAUGGUAGUUGCUGCUGUGGCAAGAGCUGCUGCUCGAUGCAACAAAGGCGUUGACGUUUUGCUUGCUGUGGCUCUGGAGCAUUUUGUGCUAGUACAAGUGAGAGUGUUGAGAGGUCCCUCUUGUGCAGAUAACACUGUCAAGAAAAUUCGGUACCUAAUUCACUGCCAGUGGUGUGAAGAGAGGAUAUUCAAAAGAGAGGGCAACAUGAUAGAAGACAAUCCUUACUGGCAGCUUCCGUGUGACUGCCAUAACCAGAUGACUGGGAAGACAGCAGUUGAACUUGGUCCUUUGUGGUCAGGAUCCCUCUUCAAUGCAGGAUUUCUCAGUAGAAUGUUUGAAGCAGUUCAGUAUGGCUUAGAAGACAUCCAGGCCCUUCUAAAAACACUGAUCUGUGAGGCAGAGUGCCCAAUUCUCAAUCCGUUUUCAAUUCAUGCUCCUAGUGGUCAGAGUAAUAAACAAGACUGUGGUGUAUUUAUUAAGCCGUCAGAUGCUGCAGCUGAUGACUACAUUGUGCACGAGAAAAGGAAAAGUGCCGAAAGUAGCCAAAACGGAGCAAAGCGCCAGAAGUUAGAAAGUGACGUUGAGCAUCCUGCCUUUUAUUAUAAUGUCCACAGGCACAGCAUUAAAGGAAUGAACAUGCCAAAGUUAAGUAAGUUCUUGCAUUCUCUGACUCGAGCCGGCUAUCGUGUAAGCCGAACUCAUUUUGACCCUAUGGGUGUCCGUACCAACGCCCCCUUGAUGCAGUUUAAAUCUAUCCUUGUAAAGCACAGCCUUCCUACGCAUACAGGAGAACAAGCAGAUGGCUCUUUGCAGGCUACCAAGGAUGCCCAAGCAGAAACUGAAGGUGACUUUGCAGAAGAAAGCAUUUGAAAUGGUCCUUCUGGUACACGCUUUUGUUGAAGAUUUAUGUUGAGACCAUAAACUGAGCCCUGUAUCUCAACAUGUGACUGUUCAACUAUUUUAACAUUUCAGAUUUUUCAGGAAAAAAAAGUGAUGAGAAAUCACAUAUAUAUGUACAGUUAACUUCCCAGCUCAGCAGGAAACUUUUUCAUGUAAUGCUUGCAUUUAAUUUGGUGACUAUGCGGUUUUCCCUCCCUUGUAAUUCUUUGUUCAGGUGUAUAUUUUUAAGAUGAUAGUGUGGAAUUGA